AUGGUCAAGGUCGUCACACGAAGCGUGGUUAUAGGGUUCCUGUUGGGGACGGCUACGGCAACGACGUAUCAAGUGGUCGAUCUGUACGAGAAGGACGACUGCGGAGACAGCUCGUCGCCUUCCCGCACCAUUUUCACCCCAUCGACGAACUGCGAGCCCUCGCCGACAUGCGCUGCCAACUCUGCCUUUAGCGACAUGGGCUACGGCACAACAUCGUGCACAAAUAAUUUCACCUCCCACGCGGAGGACGUCCUUACGGGCUCCUGCAAAGUGAUCGAGCAGAAGUUUUCCGACGAUAACUGCGCCACGGAGAGCCAAGUACUUGCCUUCACCGCUGAUUCGGACUUGUGUAUCGCUCAAGGAGACAAGGGGGUGAAAAAAAUGGUCCGUCACCGGAACGGUCUCAUCUCGAAGUUCGCUGCUGACACCUUCGGCUCCGAUCCCUACGCGCUCCAGUCCCCAUUCUACGACAACUCCUGCAACGUGGACUACCAAGUGCUCGCAUACCGUGCAGACGGCUCGACCAUUGCGUUCGAAGACGAACCGCUACAUCGCGGAUGGCAAGACGACCUCGACGUUGACCUUGGAGGUGAGCGCCAUGAACGGAGAGUACUUAAGUACAUGGGUAAAAUGGCCUUCAGCGCCUACAACGCCCCCUCCACAGCGACGACGGGCUCGACGACAGGUUCGACGAACGACGAGCCGACUGAAACCCCCGAGCCAACCACUGCUUCGACCGAAGACUCCAACAGCGCAUUGGCAACAAUGAUCUGCCACGCUUUGAUCCACGUUACGCUGAGGAUUGCACGGAACUCACUCGUUACCAUUUGA